AUGGAGGAAAAACCACUGUACGGAGCAUUAACCGUAUAUCGCGAAAGAGGUGCAUAUUUACGUCGAUUAGAACAAUUUGAAAAAGCCAAGGCAUCUUAUGAUGAAGCCUUUAAAAAUACUCCAGAUGACGUACGUAUGCUAACUGGCCGCAGCCAGGUAUGUGCUGAUGCUGUUCAACCUGUUCAAGCAUACUCUGAUGCAGAACUUGCUCUUAAACUAGAACCUGGUAAUAUGAAUGCUCGAAACAUGCAAGCUCGGGCAAUGUACACAAUGUCUGAUUUUGAACGAUCAGUUGUGAUGAAUUAUAGAGGAGCAAGGUUUAGACGUCAACCGCCAUACUUCAUCGAAGGUAUUAAUCAGGGGGUGGAAACCAUUCAAGACUGCAUCGGUGUUAACGCGGGCAACGUCAUGGUAGAAUUUUUACCUUUAAUAAGACAAACAGAAGCAAGUCGCGUGGAUGAUGACGAGCCUCAAAAGCCACUUCAUGUAUCAAGGAUUCCGCGACCGAAAAAAAAGCGUAAACUUACUCAAUUAGAAGCUAGAAAACAUUUAACUUUAGCUCGUGUCUUAGCUAUGAAAUAUUUAGGACCAAUGGCAUAUGACAAAUUUUUCCUACAGGAGCUAACAGAGGAUCAACGCUUAAAAUCGGCAAAUUCAGGUGGAAGUAAAGAACUGAAAACAAUUGUAAAAGAAGCUUUACGAUCGCUUAGUGAACGACAAGACAUGUUACGGGCACAGCGGCCAUAUUAUACCAUAAAAUUAGCCGAAAAAGCAGAAUCUAAACAUCAAAAUAAAUAUAAAGAAGCAGUUUUAAUUAAAGAACGAGAAAUAGGAGCUCGAACCGCUGAAAGGCUACUUAAACAAAUCGAAAAAUGUAUGCGACAGAAUCGGGUUAUGGAUUUGAUUGCUCAAGCCGAACGCAUGCAAAUGUUUCUUGAUAGUAAAACACCGCGGACAUUGCCGGAUAAAGAUCUUUAUACUGAUCGGCUAUAUCGUGCUGUUGGAGAAGGUUAUUUAUCGCAACAUCGUCUAUCAUACACUCUAAGUGAACGCGGCAAUCGACGUCGUAUUGCUUUCUUAAUGGGUUUGCCCGUUGGCCGUCCGAAAUCAUUUGAUUCGGUAAUGGCGAACUAUCCCUACAAAUUUAUUGAUAUAAAGCAAGCUACUGCUAAAGUUAUGACUACAUUAGAAAUGUGUGAAAAUUCGACCAUGAAGUGCUGGUUGAUGUAUGAAUUGGCUCGACUUUUAUGUAGCCAAAAAAAUUAUGCCCUAGCUAAAUUCUACGCUAAGCGAUGCCAACGAGAGGCUCAAGAAAUAAGUAACGUCACAUGGUGGCUAAAUGGCCUUUUUGUACUUAUGAGUGGUGAUAUGCAACAAGGCAAUUCAAAUGAAGUACGAAUACAAGUAGAGGAAGCAUAUGAGUAUUCAAAAAAAUUGCAGGAUCCUGAACGUGUGCAAGCAUUUUUAGCAAAAUGUGCCGAAAUGGCAGCUGAAACAACAACUGCAGAUGAAAGAAAGGCCAUAAUACAACGUGAAAGACAGAUUGUAAAUGUAAUGGAUGAAGCUCAACGUGUUGAAACGCAAGUUCUAUUUAAGAGAAUGUCUACAGUUCCAACCGGUAGACGAUUUUCUGUUUUACCUCGUAAACCCGAGCCCGGUGACACUCAAGCGGAACGCAAACGUCGCUUCCAAAAAAGGCUAUCUGUUAUACCUGGUCCUGAAAGAGCUUUACCACCUCCACCAAAGUCUGGAACUCCUGGUUUUCAGAUAUUUGACAUAUAAUUUUUAUAAAAAAUCUUGCUGUGCAUGAUCUUUUUCCCUCUUUUGAUCAAAUAAAAAAAUAAGGUACAA